AUGAACCAAAGAGCUGUUCUCAUUUUCUGCCUCAUCCUUCUGACUCUGAAUGGAACUAAAGGAAUACCUCUCAAUAGAACUACACGCUGUAGCUGCAUCAAUAUUAGUCAUCAACCUGUUAAUCCAAAGUCCUUAGAAAAAAUUGAAGUGAUCCCUAAAAGUUCAUCUUGCCCAAGUCUUGAGGUCAUUGCCACAAUGAAAAAUAAUGGGGAGAAAAUAUGUCUGAAUCCAGAGUCUAAGAUGGUCAAGAAUAUACUGAAAGCACUUAACAAGAAAAGGUCUAAAAAAUCUCAAACACCGAGAGAAGCAUAA